GCAGGGUUUUUUGCAUUGACGUCAACCGUAUACAGCACAAAACAGAGGCUUUCUUCAUAUUUAGUGUGUUUGAGUCAUAAUGUGGACAGAUAGCCAGACACUGGUACCAGUUUUAAACCAACGUGACUGCGACAGCCGCUGAUAUCUUUCCCAUCAUAUAGAGGAGAGGAGGAUACUGUGUGCAACGAUAACUGCAACACAACCACCGUUGCCCAGAGUGCGGCACAGGCAAGAGCCCGCGACCGCCACAUCAGGCACCAUGAUGGAGGGGGGCAUGCAGCUGCUCAACCGUGACGGCCACAGCAUCUCGCACAACUCAAAGCGCCACUAUCACGACUCCUUCGUGUCCAUGAACAGGAUGCGACAGCGCGGCCUGCUGUGUGACAUCGUGCUCCAUGUCUCCAACAAAGAAAUCAAGGCGCACAAAGUGGUGCUAGCAUCUUGCAGCCCCUAUUUCCACGCUAUGUUUACCAAUGAGAUGUCGGAGAGUCGGCAGACCCAUGUGACCCUACAUGACAUUGAUCCCCAGGCUUUGGAGCAGCUGGUCCAGUACGCCUACACAGCAGAGAUCGUGGUCGGGGAGGGCAAUGUGCAGACGUUGCUUCCAGCAGCGAGCCUGCUGCAGCUCAACGGGGUGCGGGAUGCCUGCUGUAAGUUCCUCCUGAGCCAACUGGACCCCUCAAACUGCCUGGGCAUCCGAGGCUUUGCUGACACACACUCCUGCAGCGACCUGCUCAAGUCAGCACACAAAUAUGUCCUGCAGCACUUUGUGGAGGUGUCCAAGACAGAGGAAUUUAUGCUGCUGCCACUGAAACAGGUACUGGAUUUGAUCUCCAGUGACAAUCUCAAUGUGCCAUCUGAAGAGGAAGUAUACCGAGCCGUGUUGAGCUGGGUAAAACAUGAUAUAGAUGGACGUAGGCAACAUGUGCCUUGGCUGAUGAAGUGUGUGCGACUGCCACUGCUGAGGCGAGACUUCUUGAUGAGUAACGUGGAUACCGAGCUGCUGGUGCGUCACCACUCGGAAUGCAAGGACCUGCUGAUCGAGGCCCUCAAGUACCACCUGAUGCCUGAGCAGAGGGGAGUCCUCAGCAACAGCAGAACACGCCCCCGACGCUGUGAGGGUGCCAGCCCUGUGCUCUUCGCCGUUGGUCAGUGUGCCCCUGAAGGUGGUGGCAGCUUGUUCGCCAUCCAUGGAGACUGUGAAGCGUAUGACACCAGGACAGACCGCUGGCACAUGGUGGCAUCCAUGUCCACUCGGCGGGCACGAGUGGGCGUGGCAGCCAUUGGGAACAGACUCUACGCUGUUGGAGGGUAUGAUGGAACCUCAGACCUUGCAACUGUGGAGUCGUAUGACCCCAUCACUAACUCAUGGCAACCUGAGGUUUCCAUGGGAACACGGAGGAGCUGUUUGGGUGUAGCAGUCUUGCAUGGUCUGCUGUAUGCUGCUGGAGGUUAUGAUGGAGCUUCUUGCCUCAACAGUGCAGAGCGUUAUGACCCUCUGACCAGUACAUGGACCUCAAUUGCUGCCAUGAGCACACGAAGGAGAUAUGUCCGAGUAGCAACUCUGGAUGGCAGCUUGUAUGCAGUGGGAGGUUAUGACAGCUCCUCACAUCUUGCAACAGUGGAGAAAUAUGAGCCCCAGAGCAACACAUGGACAGCCAUUGCCAACAUGCUGAGUCGGCGCAGCAGUGCCGGGGUGGCCGUGCUGGAUGGUAUGCUGUAUGUCGCAGGAGGAAAUGACGGCACCAGCUGCCUGAACUCUGUGGAGCGGUUCAGCCCCAAGACCAACACCUGGGAGGGAGUGGCCCCAAUGAACAUACGCAGGAGCACCCAUGACCUGGUGGCUAUGGAUGGCUGGUUAUACGCAGUGGGAGGUAACGAUGGCAGCUCCAGUCUCAACUCCAUUGAGAAGUACAACCCGCGCAGUAACAAAUGGGUCGCAGCAUCCUGCAUGUUCACACGGCGCAGCAGUGUGGGCGUGGCUGUGCUGGAGCUGCUGAACUUCCCGCCGCCUUCUUCGCCCACCCUCUCGGUUUCCUCCACCAGCCUUUGACACGGGGUCACCGUUUGGCUGACCUCAGCCUCUGCUGCUACAGCCCAGACUGGCUCUGGGAAGAGACGCAAUUGCUCUGUUUGAGAGGUGGUGGAGGGAUGGUGUGAAUGAGGCUUGGUGAAUAUACAGCACCGUCCAGGAUCAAUGGCACAGUUGGUUAAGAUUGGCCCACCACAGCGGUAAAAAAUGUAAAGCAUAAGUAAAGAAUUUAAAUCUAAAAAUCUCAAAAGAAAUGUUCACAAGUAACUCUGCACUUUUUCAGUUUGCACUGUACCAACAACACAUCAGAUACUAUUAAUGGAGCUUUUAAAUUUAGUGCAGCUCCUGUUAGCACUAAAAACACCAAUGUUGUAGAACUUAUAUCACAUAGACCAAAAUAAGUUAACUAACUCAAUUGGCUUUCAAAAAUUGCAAAAAAAAAGGCAAACAUUCUGUAACCAUCCUUUUUUUCUAGAUUUUUUACCUUCCUUUCUUAUUUUUACCAUUAAACAUUUUAUAUGUUUGAUUUUGUGCUCGUGCUGCUUUUUACCAAGUUUGCAAUUGAUUCUGGACUGCACUGUAUCAAAUCUGUGAGCCUGACACUCCGCUGUACAGCUCCUCUCUCCAGAUACCAGCUCCCUCUCUUUUGAAGAGUACAGAUAUUCCUGGAUCAAGAUAUGUGAACACUGAACUUUUCUUCUCCCCCCCCCCCCCCCCCACCACCACUCCAUAGUUUGACACACAUACUGAGAAACUCGGUGGACAUUGAAUUCUGUCAUGUGUAAUGUAAAUGUUUUUGAUUUGAUGGUGUUGUCCUCUGAAAGAUUUUUGUUUUGAUGUCAGGAUUUUUGCAAUAAUAUGUAUAAAAAAAAAAGAGAGAAAACAAAUUAUUUUACUUUUGGAAUGUAGCCUUCGACUGGUUACACCAUGCAUGUUUACAUAUUGGCAUUGACUCCCAACGGGAGGAUAAAAUGUGGUAGUGCUGCUAUGCCACACUAGGUGGUAGUAACAGGCAAUGUUAUAAAUCCUUCCCAUGCUGCAAGAGAGCAUGGACACCAACAUAGAGAUGCCAGGCCCUCACAACUGUAAAUGAGUUUGAAUCCAUUUUUUUUCCUUUUUUUUUUUAUAAAA